AUGGCGCAACCAAUACAAUCACCCGUCGCAGGCCAAACCUCUCCGAAAAGUCCUACAUCUCCAGGAAGAUCUAGCAUACCAUCUGCCAUGCAGGCGAUGCCCGAUUCCCGCCAACAAAGCUUCGAAGAAAUCUACGGACCUCCUGAAAACUUUCUUGAAAUCGAAGUCCGCGACCCCCAAACCCACGGCAUCGGCCGCAGCAUGUACACCGACUACGAAAUCAACUGCAGCACCAACAUUCCCGCCUUCAAGCUGCGCAAUUCAACCGUCCGCCGCCGCUACAGCGAUUUCGAAUACUUCCGCGACCUCCUGGAGCGCGAAAGUGCGCGCGUGACCAUCCCCCCUCUGCCCGGAAAGGUCUUCACCAACAGAUUUAGCGACGAUGUGAUUGAGCAUCGCAGAGAGGGCUUGGAGCGAUUCUUGCAGAUUGUCGUCGGACAUCCGCUCUUGCAGACGGGUAGUAAGGUUUUGGCUGGAUUUGUACAGGAUCCAAACUGGGAUCGCAAUGCUUGGUGAAGUCGUUGGGAGAAUUUGGAAGUGAA